AUGGAGAAGUUGAAGACGUUACUCAUCGCUAAUCGUGGUGAAAUCGCGGUUCGCAUAUGCAAGACAGCGAAGAAGCUCAAUAUCAAGACUGUUGCCAUUUAUUCCGAGGCUGAUGCGGCAUCGCAGCACGUCCGCGAUGCCGAUGAAGCAGUGUUGCUACCGGGCAGCAAUGCGACUGCAUACACCGACGAAGAUGCGAUUCUACAUAUAGCAAAGGACAAAGGCGCAGACGCGAUUAUUCCAGGGUAUGGAUUCCUCUCAGAAAAUGCACACUUUGCGCGUCUUGUAGGGGAUGCAGGUAUCGCGUGGGUGGGGCCCUCACCAGAGUCCAUCGAGGCUUUCGGCAUCAAGCACACCGCACGAGCACUAGCCGAGAAAGCAAACGUUCCAAUCGUGCCGGGCACCAAGGGGCUUGUCGAGGAUGAAAACGCGGCCGUGAAAGAAGCUGAGCGCAUUGGCUUCCCUGUGAUGCUCAAAGCCACAGGCGGAGGCGGCGGCAUGGGACUCAUCACGUGCAACAAGAUCGAAGAGGUGCGUGAGGGAUUUCGCAUGGUACAGUCGAGAGGAAAGACAUUGUUCAAGAACCCCGGCGUCUUCAUCGAGGCCUUCUACCCAGCAAGUCACCAUAUCGAAGUCCAAGUGUUUGGCAACGGUCUGGGCCAAGCCAUCCAUUUCGGCGAACGUGAAUGCUCUAUACAACGGCGGCAUCAGAAGGUCAUUGAAGAAUGCCCAAGUCCGUUUGUGGAAAGGAACAUUGCGCUGCGCGAGAAACUGGGGGAUGCAGCUGUCCGCCUCGCGGAAUCGAUCAAGUAUGGCUCGGCAGGGACCAUUGAAUACCUGGUCGAUGACAAGUCUGGAGACUUCUUCUUUCUUGAGAUGAACACAAGACUCCAGGUCGAGCACGGCAUCACAGAGCUUUGCUACAACGUCGAUCUAGUCGAGCUGAUGUUGAAGCAAGCAGAUGCCCAGCUGACGGGCAAGGGUGGGCUAGACGGGUCCGCUCUGAAGCAAUUACAGCCAUCGAAGCCGUCCGGAUCAGCUAUUGAAGCCCGUGUAUAUGCGGAAAAUCCCUUGAAAGACUACGCGCCUUCGCCUGGAUUGUUACAAAAAGUAGAAUGGAAGGACGUGCCAGGAAGCCGCAUCGAUACCUGGGUCUUUACAGGAUCUCGUGUUACGCCAAACUACGACCCGCUGAUCGCUAAAGUGAUGGUUCAUUCAGCGUCGCGCGACGCGACCAUUGACAAGUUUCUCGCGGCUAUCGUGGAUGAUUCGCGGUUCAGGGCGGGCACCACUAUGACCAGCUUCUUGAAAGAAUUCAUCUACGCACCACAUGCGAUCGAUGUUAUAUCUGCUGGUGCGUAUACGUUGAUUCAAGACCUCCCUGGACGGCCAACGGUCGGCAAGGGCAUACCGCACUCUGGGCCGAUGGAUCCAAUGGCUUUCCAAAUUGCAAACAUGCUAGUCGGUAAUCCACGUGGUACGGAGGGCCUGGAGAUAACCUUGAGUGGACCAGAGCUGCGAUUUGUCACCCCAGCAAUCGUUGCCUUAUGCGGUGCGCCGAUGGAAGCGACAGUAGACGGUAACGAGUUUCCCAUGUGGACGAGCGUGAGGAUUGAAGCCGGCUCAAAGCUCAAGAUUGGCAAGGCUACAGGCGGUGGGUGUCGCUCAUAUCUUGCGAUCUACGGCGGUUUUCCUUCGGUGGCGAGCUAUUUCGGUUCCAAGUCGACGUCUCCACUUGUCGCCAUCGGUGGCUAUCAAGGUCGAGCACUUGCGCCAGGUGACUUGUUACAAAUAACUCGCGAGCUCCCACCAAACUUUAUGUCCAGAUCGUUGCCGAAGCAUCUUCGAUUGGAGUACAAAUCAGACUGGGAGAUCUCCGCUAUGGUCGGCCCACAUGACGAAGGCUACUUCGAUCCCGACUUCAUCAAGACCAUAUAUGACACGAAGUGGAAGGUUUCGCACAACGCCUCUCGAAGUGGUAUACGACUUGUCGGACCCGUGCCGAAGUGGGCGCGGAAAGACGGUGGCGAGGGCGGCGCGCAUCCAAGCAACCUCAUCGAAUAUGGCUAUCCAUUGGGUACCUUGAACUGGACGGGAGAUGAUCCCUGCAUCUUUCCUGUUGAUUGCCCUAAUUUUGGUGGCUUCACAAGCAGUACGACCGUCAUAAAGGCGGACUGGUGGAAGCUUGGGCAGCUCAAGGCCGGCAAUACCUUAAAGUACAUUCGAGUGGGACUGCAAGAUGCGUUGAAGAAGAGGAAGCGGAACAAUGACUUCCUCGAUUCGAUAGAACAGGCACUGAAUACUGGAAAAAGUCUGGAAAGUCUGGAAAGUCUGCAGAACAGCCAUGUCACUUUUCACGAGUGCAACAUUGGCAAAGCAGUGAUCUGGGAGAAGGACGCCACCGCGAAUACACCCAGGGUACGCUAUCGUCAAGGCGGUGAUGACCAUAUCCUCGUGGAAUACGGCAAUGAAUCCUUCGACCUCAAUCACCGCUGUCGUGUCACCGCGCUCGAGAAUACAUUAAGAUCCAAUUCGGCCCCAGAAGCCAUCGAGGCGAAUCUUUACAACACUGUUGGAUGCUGCACCACGCUUCUCAUCUACUAUAAUGGCACAAAACUGCCACGAGUUGACCUCAUCGCCCAUCUCCAGGCCAUCGAAGCUCAGCUUGGCGAUUUGCGCACGACUAAAGUUCCCACUCGCGUUUUUAAACUGCCAAUCUCCUUCGAAUCGAAACUGCAAGACGAAGCGACGCAGCGAUACAUGACAAACCAACGUCCACAUGCGCCUUACCUACCAGAUAACCUCGCAUUCGUCGCGAAGAACAAUGCAUUCACACCACAACAACUAAAAGACAUCUACCUCACUGGCCAGUUCAUGGCCGUUGUUGUCGGCUUCUUCUGCGGUAACACUGUCUCACUACCUGUAGAUCCGCGACAACGCAUAUCUGCACCGAAGAUGAACCCAAGUCGCGUCUUCACGCCCGAAGGCACCGUCGGCUGGGCAGGAAGCUGCAUGUCAAUAUACCCCGUAGAUUCCCCUGGUGGCUACCAGAUGACUGGCCGCACAGUCCCGUGCUGGGAUUACUAUAGCUACAAGCCGGGCUUCGACGACAAGCCCUGGAUUUUCCGCGACUUCGACAUUUUGACAUUCUACCAGGUCAGCGAAGAGGAGCUAGAUGUCUUGCUGGGAAAAUUCAGGGCGGGCAAGUUCGAGUGGGAGUAUGACGAGGUCGAAUUCGACAUGGCCGAGCAUAACAAGCUGCUUGAGAGUACUGCGGAGGAGGUGAAGAAGAUUAGAGAGAAGCAAGCAGUUGCGCAAGACGAGAUGACGAGAGCUGAGAAUGAGAGUCUGGAGAGGUGGAGGCGGGAGAAGGCGGAGAAUCAAGUUGACGAAAGCACAGUGGAGAAAUUGCUCGAUGAUCCAAAGAUUGCAGGCGUUGAGGCGCCAGUUGAUGCUAAUGUGUGGAAAGUGGAAGUAAAUGAGGGCGACGAGGUUGACGAAGCGAGUGUGAUCGUGAUACUGGAGGCGAUGAAGCUUGAGAUUGCAGUAAAAACACCAGAGUCGGUGGCGAAAGAAGGGAAGCUCAAGGUCGAGAAGGUACUUGUAAAGCCGGGCGAUACUGUGACAGCGGGUGGACAUCUUGCGUUACUCAGACUUGCGUAG